CCGGCAGCCUCUCUCUUUUCCCCUCCUUCUUGAAGGCAGAGAGGCCUGCUUCCUGACUCACCGCUGUUCCGUGGGCCUCGUGCGCUCGCUCGAAUAAGUCGGUCAGGAAGGAAAGAAGGCCGCCAUGGCAUUCAAAGAUUCUGGGAAAGCUCCUGUGGAACAGGAAGUAGCCAUUCAUCGAAUCAGGAUUACCUUGACAAGUCGCAAUGUAAAGUCUCUAGAAAAGGUUUGUGCAGAUCUGAUAAGAGGCGCUAAGGAGAAGAACUUAAAAGUGAAAGGACCAGUUCGCAUGCCUACCAAGACCCUGCGAAUCACUACAAGGAAAACCCCGUGUGGCGAAGGUUCCAAAACCUGGGAUCGCUUCCAGAUGCGUAUUCACAAGCGCCUCAUCGAUUUGCACAGUCCUUCAGAGAUUGUUAAGCAGAUCACUUCUAUCAGUAUUGAGCCUGGUGUAGAAGUUGAAGUUACUAUUGCUGAUGCUUAAAAUGAUUUGCACCUGUUUCAAUAAAAAUUGAGAAGAACUUUU